AGUAAAUUAUAAUGUAAAUAAAUGUUUUUAAUAGUCUUCCAACCUUGGUUCCAUCUGUUGUUUUAAUCGGACUGCUUUGGCAGGUACACUUCAAGCGAAAACCAUUAUUUACCAAUGAUACUUUGCUGUGUCUAUGUGAACUUCCAAUUUAGAGAUAAAGAUGAGCGCUGUCACCGAGUCAGUCAAACCGUCGGUGGAAACUUCGGUGGAAGAAACAAGAACAGGUCUAUGUGAGGAGUUUGCUUCAAUCACAGGCUCAGAUAGCGCCGUGGCUCAGUGUUAUCUUGCUGAAAAUGAAUGGGAAAUGGAGAGAGCGUUGAACUCGUUUUUUGAGGCUGACAUGGAGGCUGUUUUUGAAGUGGCGGAUUCCCCAGAAUGGGACAGCAGCCCCAAAGUGAAGAGACAGAAGGUUGACAACACCAAAGCAGACUGCAUUGACUUGACUGAAGAGGAACCUGCCUCCUCCAGUAGUAAGUCAACAGCAGCUAAAGUCGAACCCAAAUCACCCAGGGACCCGGGACUGGACGGCAAACUGUCCCUGAUCACCUGGAACGUAGAUGGACUCGACACGGAUAACUUGGGCGAUCGAGCCAGAGGCUUGUGCUCAUACCUGGCCCUAUAUACACCUGACGUGGUGUUACUACAGGAGCUUAUUCCACAAUAUGUUCAGUACUUGAAGAAACGCGCUGUCAGCUACACAAUAAUUGAAGGAGGUGAAGAAGGCUACUUCACUGGUCUGAUGCUAAAGAAGUCAACAGUCAAGCUCCUGAACAGUGAGAUUGUCGGUUACCCAAGCAGCCAGAUGAUGAGAAAUCUCCUUAUCGCUCAGGUUCGGUUUAUGGGUCAGGAGCUUUGCUUGAUGACGUCACACUUUGAGAGCUGUAAAGGCCAAUCAGAGGAGCGUAUGAAACAGCUGAAGGUGGUGCUGAAGAGGAUGAAAGAAGCCCCUGGUCACGUCACCGCCCUGUUCGGAGGGGACACUAACCUAAGAGACACGGAGGUGGCUAAAGUGGGCGGCCUGCCCGCAGGCGUGAGUGACGUGUGGGAGCGCCUGGGCAAGCAGGAGCACUGCCGCUACACCUGGGACACACGGGCCAACAGCAACAAGAGCGUGCCCUACGUCAGCCGCUGUCGCUUCGACCGCGUCUACCUGCGUCCGGCCAUGGAGGGCUCCCGCACCCCGCUGCUGGCCCCGGACCACAUGGACCUUCUGGGCCAGGAGAAGCUGGACUGCGGCCGCUACACCAGUGACCACUGGGGCAUCUACUGUAGUUUCACUGUCGGCCAGUCCUGAAAACCAGGGUUCCCCCUCCCCUCCCCCUGUGUUGUGACAGGGUUUGAAGACUAGAGCUUUGUUUUAAUAUCCAAAGGCAUGUGCCUUCCAAGGUGGUGUUUGGGAUAUCCUGUGGCACGGUACUUUCGUUCCGUUAUUUCCCAUGAAAGUGCCUUUUAGAAGUAACCUUCAGGCAGACCCAGGAGGUAGUUGUAAAGUAUAAUGACAUCCAUUUAAGACAAUUGCUGACUUGAUCCCUCAUUUAAGACUAAACAUUUCAUAAACUGGCAAAAGGUUUAAGUGUAAGUAUGCGCUCUGCAGUGGACUGAUUGGGUAACCUUUAAAUAUUUGGUAUAUCACCUGUAAAGAUCCUGGCAUAGGUAAUGUCAAUAUGUUUAAUGAAUGACUGCAGCAUCGAAUGGGAAGCUUUUACAUUGAGUGAAUUUCAAUAAAUAUGAAUCGAACCUA